UCACUCACAAGGUAGUCCUUUCUAUGUAAUAUACUUUUGCUGCCUUUAGAUGAAACUUAGAAAAAUGCUCUAGAAAUCAAUGAUAAAAUCAUGUUAAGUUUCACAAGCAUUCAAUUUAUCUUCACAACAUUCAUCUUUUUCUUAACUUUUCCCUUGCUAAAGAGCGAGGAUACGAAUUACGCAGCAUGCUCUAUUCCAUACUCAUGUGGGAAUAUCACAGUAGGGUACCCAUUUUGGGGAGACAAUAGGCCUAAAUUCUGUGGGAUCCCAGAUUUGAGGCUCAAAUGUAGCAGCGAUGUCAAAGUUCAUACUGUUACCAAUCUUAUUAACAAGGGAUAUGGUGUACCAUUUAGAGUGCUCGCUAUCAACCUGUCUUCCAACACUAUAGUCGUUUCCCCAAAUAAGCUUUUUGAACAUUGUCAUCUAAAAGAAUCGAAUAUAACGUUUAUUUCAACAUUUAAGCCAGCUGCGAGUUACAGAAACAUAAUCUUAUACUAUGGUUGUGGUAAUGGUUGUGGUUACAAAUCAUUGAACUGCACCUACAAGGAUGGUUCUACUGGUUCUGCUUAUUAUUUUGAUAAACCAUCUGACAUGAGUCGUAAUUGCUCGUGUAGUAACAAUGUCAUUUUUCCGGUGUAUCAGAGAGGGUUGGAUGAGCUUAGAAGCACAAAAGAUGGUUCGAUUUAUAGAAUCUUAACCAAGUGGCCAAUUCAAAUGAUGUAUAAGGCGAACUUCACAGCCUGUUCUGAGUGUCAGAAGUCUGGUGGCAGAUGUGGAUCGUCAGAGGAACUAUCUUCAGAUCAGUUCGUGUGUUACUGCAGUGAUGGAUCCAAACAAUUAGUUUGUAGAUCAGCUAGAUCUAAAUCAGAUGACAGUUUACUCUUCUCCAGAGCCUCUCGUCAGGAAUGCACUAUCAUUGUUGAUAUCCUCAACCAUUAUGAACUAGCAUCCGGGCAGAAAAUUAACUAUGACAAGUCAGAGGUUUCUUUUAGUCGAGGAGUCAGCAUCGAACAAAGGGAAGAGCUGAAGAAUAUUUUGAACAUGAGGCAGGUGGAUAGGCACGAAAAAUACCUUGGUAUCCCUUCUAUCUCUGGUCGAUCGAAGAAAGCUGUUUUUGAUUCGUUGAUGGAUAGAAUUUGGAAGAAACUCCAGGGUUGGAAGGAAAAACUUUUAUCUCGAGCAGGGAAAGAAGUACUACUGAAGUCUGUCAUCCAGGCCAUUCCUACUUAUCUGAUGGGUGUGUAUAAGCUCCCUAUUUCCGUCAUCCAAAAAAUUCACUCUGCUAUGGCUCGUUUUUGGUGGGGCUCGUCUAAUACGCAGCGGAAAAUUCACUGGAAAAGUUGGGAGUCUCUGUGUACUCUGAAAUGUUUAGGUGGUAUGGGGUUCAAGGAUCUUAGGGUUUUCAAUGACGCUCUCCUUGGGCGUCAAGCUUGGAGAUUGGUUCGUGAACCGAAUGCUUUGUUUGCUCGAGUUAUGAAAGCUAAAUACUAUUCAAAAUGUGAUUUUUUGGAUGCCCCUCUUGGGUGUUCAAGUAGUUAUUCCUGGAGUAGUAUUUGGAGUUCGAAAGCUCUUCUUAAGGAGGGUGUGGUGUGGCGGGUUGGUAAUGGCACGUGCAUUAAAAUCUGGGAUGAUCCUUGGGUUGUGGAUGAGAGUGGUCGGUAUAUCGCUAGUGAGAGAAAUGAUGCUUACAAUACCGUUAAUGAGUUAAUUGAUUUCGAUAGUAUGGAAUGGCGAGUGGAGGUACUUGAAACUUUGUUUGUGGAGAGAGAUGUCCGAUGCAUCCUUAGCACCCCUCUCAGUUUGCUUCCCAUGAAAGAUGAGUUAACUUGGGCUUUUACAAAGGACGGUUGCUAUUCGGUAAAAACCGCAUACAUGCUUGGUAAGGGUGGAAAGCUUGAUAAUUUCCACCAAGCUUGGGUGUUCAUUUGGAGUAUGGAAGUGAGUCCCAAAGUUCGCCACUUUCUAUGGCGUCUUUGUACUAUGACCCUCCCCGUUCGUGCUUUGUUAAGGCAUCGCCACAUGAUUGAGGAUGAUUCUUGUCCUUUGGGGUGUGGAGCUGCUGAAACCCCAGGUCAUGCUAUAUAUGGAUGCCCUCAUGUUCGAGACAUUUGGACUGGUAGUGGAUGUGCUGGUAUUUGGCAGGAUGAGGAGGAUAAUACUUUCCUUGAUAUUAUUUUGUGCUGGCGUGAUAUGGAUCCUAAGCUGGUCACGAAGGGCGCCUAUCUUGCAUGGAUAGUGUGGAGUGCGCGCAAUGACUGGGUGUUUAAUCAAAAAAGCACCCCCCACAAUAUAUUGAUCCAACGAGCUCAUCACCUUACGGAGGAAUUCAGCUCCUAUGCUGCGAAGAUUUACAGUGUUCGUGCUGCUGUACCUGCUGCCAGCCCGAAAACUUGGGUGGCCCCACCUCUGGGAGUUAUAAAGUUGAACGUGGAUGCCUCGCUUGCUGUGGAUGGCUGGGUGGGGUUGAGCACUGUUGCUCGCACUUCCUCGGGUGGUGUAUUAUUUGCAGCUACGCGCCGAGUUCGCGCCCACUGGACAGCUGCCAUUGCUGAGGCAAAAGCAAUUGAUAUGGCUCUGCGACUGGGAAAAAGGUUUGGGCUCCAAGAUAUUGUGGUGGAAUCAGAUUGCCAAGAUGUGAUUCAUCGUCUUUCUCAGCAUGCUAUUUUCCUAGCGGAUCUCGAUGUUGUUCUCUCUAAUAUUCUAGCUUCUUGUGUGUGUUUUAACUCCGUUGUAUGGUCACAUGUUAAGCGUGAUGGGAACUUUGUUGCCCACCAUUUAGCUAGGAUUAACCCUUUUGGCAUUGAACAGAUUUGGGAGAACCACUAUCCCCCGGAAGUGGCUCCUUAUGUUUUAAUGGACGUUUUGUCCCUUAAUCUAUAAUAG